CGCCCUCGCCACCGGCUUUGUUUUCCGGAAACACUUCAGAUGGGGGGGGGGUGUAGCGUCUGUGCCCUGCCAGGGACAGCACUUCCCCUGUCUUCUCUGCCCCAGUUUUCUCAGGGGACACUUUCACGUUCAGGGCUGGGGGCCUUAGAGAAAGCCCUGCUGUGACGUCUGGGGCAUCAUCCUGGGUAGGCUUUGGGCAGCUGGGUUAUUCCCUUGGCCUCCGGAUGGCAUUGUUUGCAGGAAACAGCCUGGAGGGUUCUGUGCACGUAGGUGGAGUCCAGUAUGUUCUCCCCUGCCCCCUCCACCGGGAGACCUAAGCUUGGUCAGUGUCUGGGACUCUGAGGUGUCCACAUAUUCAUUCUGUGGGGCCUCAGGGGCCCUCUCUGCCUUCUCGGGACACAGAUAAGCUCAGUUGGCAUUUCCCAGCCUCCAGAGACUUCUGUAGCUCUGGGCGUGAGAGAUGAGUGGGAAAGUAUAGGGGCUCUGAUCUGGGGGGCAGAACUGACUGUAGGAGGAUUGAUCUGAUAGUGAAGGGGGUGCUUGCUGGGGCUGGAGGCAGCCCCUGAGAACAGACUGAUCUGGACUGCAGGUUUGAAAGGGGGAAGUUUGUGGUUGUCAUCAGGAGCUUGUUUUUCUAUGUUGUCUCUUCACCAAAUUGUGGCCUGCUCUGGGCUCUGCAGGCAUGUGGAUGGGUGGAUGGGUGGGGGCUGAGGACAGCACCCACAGGUGCACACAUCAGGGCCCCAGAUGUUCAUUUCCGCCCCUGCAGUGAUGUCUGUGGCCCUGCCUCCAGAGAACGGAAUUAAGGAGGCCGCAUGGAAGUGGUGGGUGUAGGUUGAGUCUCCUGCUGCCGGGGAUGGGGGCAACUGGCUCCUGGGCUAGGGGGUCAGUUGUGUCCACUGCAUUUGGCAUUGGAGGGAAGAAGAUCUGAAGGAGCUGAUGGACCCUCAUCCACACAGUAGUGGUCAGCCAAGCACCACGAGAUUUGAACCUUUGGGACCUGUCAGCAGCAUGUGUCCUCCCCUGUUGUGCGACCCCAGGGCCACCGAGAUGAAUGCCAUGGCCGGGCCCUCCCAAGCGCCCGCGUCUCACUAGCAGGGGCCCGCCGGGCGCCAUGGUGUGCUAGCCCCGAGAGCCGCCGCGACCGCAGGUCUCCGUGGAGCCGGGAUUUGCACGGCAGCAGAGUCACCGUGGAGAGGCCAGGGUACCACAAACUUAUGGAUUUUGACAAGAAAGGAGGGAAAGGGGAGUCGGAGGAGGGCCGGAGAAUGUCCAAGGCCGGCGGCCGGACCAGCCACGGCGUCCGGAGCUCAGGAACCAGCUCGGGGGUCCUGAUGGUGGGCCCCAACUUCCGGGUCGGGAAGAAGAUAGGCUGUGGCAACUUCGGGGAACUCCGGCUAGGAAAGAAUCUCUAUACAAAUGAAUACGUAGCUAUCAAAUUGGAGCCCAUCAAGUCCAGGGCGCCGCAGCUGCACCUGGAGUACCGCUUCUACAAGCAGCUCAGUGCCGCAGAGGGCGUCCCUCAGGUCUACUACUUCGGCCCAUGUGGGAAAUACAACGCCAUGGUGCUGGAGCUGCUCGGGCCCAGCCUGGAGGACCUGUUCGACUUGUGUGACCGCACGUUCACGCUCAAGACGGUGCUCAUGAUCGCCAUCCAGCUGAUCACGCGCAUGGAGUACGUGCACACCAAGAGCCUCAUCUACCGCGACGUGAAGCCCGAGAACUUCCUGGUGGGGCGGCCGGGCACCAAGCGGCAGCACGCCAUCCACAUCAUCGACUUCGGCCUGGCCAAGGAGUACAUCGACCCCGAGACCAAGAAGCACAUCCCGUACCGCGAGCACAAGAGCCUGACGGGCACGGCGCGCUACAUGAGCAUCAACACGCACCUGGGCAAGGAGCAGAGCCGCCGUGAUGACCUGGAGGCGCUGGGCCACAUGUUCAUGUACUUCCUGCGUGGCAGCCUGCCCUGGCAGGGGCUCAAGGCAGACACGCUCAAGGAGCGCUACCAGAAGAUCGGGGACACCAAGCGGGCCACGCCCAUUGAGGUGCUCUGUGAGAGCUUCCCAGAGGAGAUGGCCACUUACCUGCGCUAUGUGCGGCGCCUGGACUUCUUUGAGAAGCCGGACUACGACUACCUGCGCAAACUCUUCACCGACCUCUUUGACCGCAGUGGCUUCGUGUUUGACUAUGAGUACGACUGGGCCGGGAAACCCCUGCCCACGCCCAUCGGCACGGUCCACACCGACCUGCCUUCGCAGCCUCAGGCUCGGGAGAAAGCCCUGCUUCAUAGCAAAAACCAGGCACUGAACUCCACCAAUGGGGAGCUGAAUGCCGAUGACCCCACCGCUGGCCACUCCAACGCACCCAUCACAGCCCCCGCAGAGGUGGAGGUGGCUGAUGACACCAAGUGCUGCUGUUUCUUCAAGAGGAGAAAGAGAAAAUCGCUGCAGCGACACAAGUGACCCUGGGCUGGUGGCCCCUGAAUCCUCUCACUGCAGCCCCUCGGGGCCAGCUUGUCCACGGCCGUGUGGCCACAGCCGGAUGCAGACUGCAGGCCCAGCAGAGUUGCCGCCCCCCCCACGUGGGGUCACUUCUUUCACAUAAGACUUUGGUCGAGAUUUUUACACCUGUGUCUAGUCCUUCCCUCCAAGAGCAUUAACUAUUUAAAACAAGGAACAGAGAAAACCAGAGCGGCCGCCCUGCCCUGCGCCCGCCUGUGUCCACUGAGUGAGUAGUGCGGCCCUGCCAUCCAGCCUGCCGCCCCGUUAGUGUCAUAAAGUGCAGCUUGUCUCCCUCGAUCCAAAGGCCGUUUUCUCGAGGGGGCGCUGUGGGGCGUUGCUGCUGGGGGUGAGUCUCCCCUGGGCCUCCCCAAACCAAAGGGGAAGGUGGGGAGGGGAUGGCCCCCAACCAAAAUGCUGCACCAAAGCCUGGGCCGGCGGGCACGGUCCGAGGGAUGUCCUGCCGACCUGCUCACGAAGCCGUGGGACCGGAACUGGGGGCAGCCACCUCGUGGCCUGUGGGCGGCACAGGCACGCAGGCUCCUUGUGUCCGCUCUGUGCUGCCAACCAAGCGGUGGAGACAAGCGCCUUAAAGCCUGUCCCAGCCCCGCAGGUGCGUGUGGAGUGGGCAGCUCCAUGGGUGUGGUCCCUGUGGUCCUCUGGGGGCCCGGGUGCUGCACAGGCAGAGCAGCUGGGGACUUCCCCAUGGUGUGUGCGUCUAGGUCUUGCUUUAAAAAGUGUACAGAAAUGGCACUUCCGUUUCUCCGAUGCUUCCUGGAAGCCAUAGAACUUAGGGGCUUUUUUAAAAAAAUAAAGGAAAAUGAAAUCA